AUGAUACAACAUGGUUCGGUUAUUCGUAUAUGGACUAUCAAUGGAGAUCUUUAUGUAGAAAAAAGCAUAUCACAAUUUGCAGAUCCUAUUCAGUGUUGUAUAUUCUAUGAGGGUAAACAUAAUGAAUGGUUGUAUGAAGAUUUAAUUUUUACAGGACAUAAAAAAGGUGUAAUAAAGGUUUGGAAUAAGAGUUUGGUGCCAAAAACAACUUCUAACAAUGAGCAAAAAGGUCUGAAAUGGGAUUUAACUUUGAGGCAUCAAUUAAAACACGAAAACAGAUUUGGGCCAUCAACAACUACUAAUGUUGCUUCUUUAAUGGUUUCUGGAACUCAAAGAGUACUUUAUAGUGGAGAUUCUUCGGGAAAAGUAAAUUCUUGGGUGCUGCCUGAUGUGAAGAUUGAAAAUCACUGGAUGUCUGAUAGUAUAACAGACAAUUGUUUGACGUGCGGAAUGAGAUUUGCUGUAUUAGGUAAAUAUAGUAAGCUUUAA